CGUCGGACUGAUUUCCUUUAUUUAAAUACUGGUUUUCGAACUACAUUGUUAUGUUGAUUUUUAUCUUAUUAACACAUUCGACAUCGUUCCGCGACACAAGAAUCUCCAAAGCGAUCGAAGGAGUGACAACUUUCCCUUAAACGGCCAGUAACCGUCUAAAUUUAGGCGUGAUCAGAUGAACACUGCUCUGGAGGGGCCACAUUGAGCCGGAGAAACUGAUAUCAAAGCAGAAAAGAAGACUUAGUUGUAGAACUGAAAUCUAUUUUCCUGUUGUAUUUCCUUCAUGGAACGUGCGACAAUUCGCCUAAUUGCACUGGUAGUUGUUUAUAUUUUCUACCUUUCUGUGGGUGCCGCCAUCUUCUCGUCGAUCGAAGGACCGUACGAACAGAGAAUCUUGUCUGAUCUGCGUACGAAGCGCGACGAGUUUCUGUUAAAACAUCCCUGUGUUACAGAGAAAGAGCUGGAGAAUUUUGUCAAGCAUGUGGUGGCGGCCCAAGACAUGGGAAUUCAGCCUCUUAGAAAUGAGAGUGACAAGAAGAGCUGGGGAUUCGGCAGUUCAUUUUUCUUCGCCGGAACUGUUGCAACUACCAUAGGUAAGGAAGGACAAAUAUUAUUUAACAGGUGACCGGCAGGUAUUGAAAACCCGUAUCAACUAGUUAAUGGUAGAAGCUUAAAGAAUGUGCUUAAAAUUUCAAUUAUACAACUUUUUAGUUAGCUACUGCCGGUUCGGCAAACUACUUAACUUCUAAUUUUUGUACUCGAUGAUAGAGGUCUCGAAUUAGAUGGAAAUGACUGAUUCAUUUGUGGUUCAUCUAAACUAGAAAGACGAGGAACAGAGGUGAUAACUCAGGCCGCGAUCGUCUUCAGUGAUGAGUAUUAUUUCCAGUGCUCAUUAAUAAAUAAGAGAAAUGGUCACUUUAUAUUUAUUUUUAACAAAGAGAUAAAUUAUCUUACCAAGUUAACGAGCUUCGACACCUGUCAUCACAUCUGCUCCCAGAAAAUCAUCCAGUUCAAAAAUUCCCUGUUCUGUCCAAGUAAUGUCCUUCAAACUCAAAAAGUAUAUAUUGUGGCUGGUUUUAGAUUUACGAAUGAGGUUUCGUCUUUUUUCGCGAAAAGUCCUGAAUUCGAUUUAAGCAUAUCAUCAGCGAGCAUUUAGUUAUUCAGUGAUCAAGAUCAAGCGUUUUGCUUUGAGGCUUUUAGCUCUGAGCCACCAAACUUUGAUGAGUCACAUUGAUCAUAUGGCACAUCACAAAAACUGACUAAACUGUCGCAUCUGUCUUCAUCAGAUCAUGUACAUGAUUGCCAAGUAGCACCGGCCUGGCCAUGGACUGCUCAGCUGUGAACUUGCUAGGGGAACCCGAGGUGUAAAAUCGAGGGCAGCUUUAGGGGGAUUAUGUGAAACCUUAAAAAAAUAAUGUGGGCAGUGUAUAAUACCAUCAGCUUAUUGAUUCAAAAUACAUUGGCUAGCUUUGCGCAAAUUACAUCAGUUACGAUUCAGUUUUUGAUUGGCUAAUAACUUCAAUACGAUUUAGCCUCCAAGAACAUUCACACACUUUUUCCGGCUUAAUAGCGACAAAUGAAACCAAACCCGGGAAAUACCUCUGCUCUCGAUGGCUAUUUAACAAAUCGACCACAAUGUUCAACGGUCUACAUUCUUAUAGACCAUAGAAAUGACGUCAUAAAAUGUUUAAAACUCAAGUAAAACCACGAGCCGCGGGCGAGUGGUUUCACUGCAAAGUUUUGAACAUUUUAUGGCGUCAUUUCUAUGGUGUAUAAGAGUGUAGACCAUGGAAAAUUGUGAUCGAUUUGUUUUUUACAAUAACAUUUAGUUUUUUAUACGAAAAACCAAAAACAAAACAACCGGCACUGCGUGACAUGUUACGUCAUUUCCAUGGUCUAUACUCUAAUUGACCAUAGCUCUCGACCAAUCAGCGCGAGAGGAUUCGCUCAGUUAUUGUAAAAAAACUUAUUGCGAUGGACACCGUCACAUAUUGCAUUUUUAGGUUUACUUGACAGGUGCUUCGAAGAAUCACACAAGAUGAGGAGGCUAAAAGAAUGGAAAAAACUAAACGUAGAUUUUGAGAGAGAAACCUGAGUACUAGACAGUGAAUUGUUGAUGAUUAUACAAAGAUUUUUUUUUCUUUUCAGGGUAUGGAAAUGUUUAUCCAUUAUCUGAAGGUGGCAAGGUGUUCUGCAUGGUGUUUGCAGUUUUUGGUAUUCCCAUGACAGCUAUAAUGCUGACAGCCAUAGUGGAGCGUCUACUGCAAUUAGCAGAUUACAUUGAGAAGUAUCUAUGUAGCAAGUGUACAGUGCGCGGGGUUCCGCCGGCGUAUCUCCGCUGUCUCCAUCUGUCACUCAUCAUGUGCGGUGCCAUUGUACUUGUUAUUAUAAUUCCUGCUAUUUUCUUUAUGUUACUCGAGGACUGGAGCUACUUUGAAGCGCUUUACUUUUGCUUUAUUUCACUGACCACCAUAGGUCUUGGAGAUUUUGUUCCUGGUGACUCCCCAAGCUGGCGAAAGAGUGACUAUCGUCCUCUUUAUAAAGUUUGCUGCGUGUUUUUCUUCGUAACCGGACUCACUUUCUUACUUUUGAUACUUGAACUUUGCGCCAAGGUUCCGGAUGACCAUCCAGGUAUGCUUUUCUCGUGUCACAAGCCGUUUAUCCGUGAAGAGGAAGAUGAAGUUGAACCAAAUGGAACUAGAUUACGUCCAAGAUAUUCAAUAUCCAGUAGGGGAAGCAGCUCAUCAUCUCCCCGGGAGAGAGAAAACGAAAGACCUUCCAGGAACACGUACGAAAGAAUAUCUUCUCGUGAUAAUAAUCGGUGAUACUGCUAAUUGUCUAAUAAUGUGUUGCUCGUUAAUAUAUUUUUUUUGUAAGUAAUAGCAUAAUUUGGAGCGAAAUUAAAGCAAGAGUGACGGAAGCCCUGCCGGAUUAAAGGGCCGGGGGAGGGUGAGUGGGAUUAGCAUAACUAGCGAUCGGGAAGUAAUAGAUGAGGGUAGGUGUACUGUGGUAUCAGAGUUGCCGGUGACUUUUAUUAUUCGACAUAAUAUAUCAAAUAGAAUAGUGCAG